AUGGGGUGUGUGGGUGCAAUUAAGGAUGGUGAUGAUUGUGUUGCUAUAAAUGGUGGCACGUAUGAUAUUAAUGUAACAAGAGUGUUCUGUGGACCUAGUCAUGGCAUAAGCCUUGGGGAAAUCGGUGGUCACGACACAGUUGAACAAGUUCAUGUAGAAAAUUGUAACAUCUCAGGAACAACAAAUGGGUUACGAAUCAAAACGGUGUCGUAUGGAACGGGGUAUGCUAGGUGGAUUGUAUUUCAGGACAUUCAUCUGGUAAACGUUGUAAAUCCAAUUAUAAUUGAUCAACAUUACCGCACUAAUUCUGAAAAUACGGAUUGCCCCGCACCGCCAGAUGCAUCAGCUGUAAAAGUGAGCGAUGUUACGUAUACGAAUAUAUAUGGGUCAUCGGCAACAAAGCAAGUUAUUACUUUCAAUUGCAGUGGAAAGUACAACUAUACUGAAAUUGCAACAAACGAAGUUGGAAUAACGGAACUUGACGAAACUUCUUACUGCCAAAACACUCAAGGAAAAUUUAUUGAUACCAACCCUCCUAUUAAUUGUUAUUAG